UGUGAGAAAUUAGUAGACACACGUCACAUCUGCUGUAGUCUACUUGCGUGCCCUGAGAUGGAAAAAUACCAGACUUAAUCGUGGUGUAUCUCAAUUUCUGAGUGUGUGCUUCUAGGAAAAUUCCCUCCACUGAACCACACACUAUAAAAUGUUAGUUGUGGACUUGCAGAACAGGAGUUGACAGCAGUGACUUGCAGAGACAACACAGUCCUCACACAUACAAUGUGCAACAUGGACCAUCCAGCAUAUCAUGGACCCAUAAGCAAACAGAGGUGUGAGGAGCUGCUUAGCAAGGAAAGAAAGGAUGGAACAUACCUCAUUCGAGACAGUGAAACCCUCCAGGGAGCUCUCUGCCUCUGUGUGUACAAGCAAAAAGUGGUCUAUACAUACAGAAUUCUCCAAACCCACACCGGACACUUCACAGUACAGACUAGUUCAGGUGUAGAGGAGAAGUUUUUCAAGUCUUUGAAGGACCUAAUUCAUAAUUAUAAGCAGAGGAAUCAAGGACUCGCAACUCACCUUCGUCAUUCACUGAAAAGAAAAAUGCUGCAAGAACAGCCUCAACUAUGUCCAGAGCCAAUUGUGCCUGAUGAGGAAAAUGACUAUGAAAACGUCAACAGAUCAGGGGAAUAUGUUGUUUUUCUGCCAGACUGAUGUAUCCACAAUGUGAAAUUCUGAGAGGAAACAGAAUCAACCAAUAAGGAUACAGAGAUUCUGGAAGGUCUUGGAAGGAACUCUUAGAUGUUCUGUUUUCAUCCCCAUCAUUUUGACAUUUCAGUACAUUUUCAGACUUGUAUUUUCACCUAAAUAUGAGAAUUGAAUGUGGAGUCACAUGACAUGAAUCUGACAUGACAUUCUUUACCAUUUACCAUUGAGAAAUGAUACACUUGACUGAAUUUAUGUUGCUCAUGGUGAUCUUAAAACCAACUGAUCUAAAGGCUUAUGCUUAAAUGGUUCAAAUUAGACUUCUAAAUAAAAAUAAAUAGUAACCAUGCAUUAAUUAAUUUACAAAACUAAAACUCUAAUUUAAGAGUAAAGGAAUAGCAGCCAACAAGUUCCCAGCAUGUGGCUUAAAUCCUUCAAGCUGUUUAACAAACAAUUUUAAGUCAGUCUUAUGAAGUUGGUUGAGAGAAUGCUGAGAGUGUACAAAACUGUAAUCAAGGCACAAAGGGUGGCUACUUUGAAGAAUCUCAAAUAUAUGAUGAGACAUUUUUUGCCUACAGCAUAAUUCCCAUACUUAGUUUAAAGGUGCACUCAGUAACUUUUUGCUCAUGUCAUCUUAGACUUACAGUGACACCUAGUGGUGUGGAGGCAGCAUAAUUCACAAUCAAUAAUUUUUAGUUACAGAUGCCAUUGUAGAAAUUCACUAUUCACAAUCAAGCUUGAUUAAUUUAAUCAAUGAGUGAAAGUGUCCAAUAACAAGAGGAAGUGAGUAGUAUUCAGCUGGUCAUGUGAUUCUAAAAUGGCAGCCCCCAUGAGGGUGCCCCUGCCCCAUGUAGAAUAAAACAGCUUUUAUAAGGUUACUGAUAUGACUAGAGUCCUCAUGAUUUUAUACAUAUGUUUUAAAAUUACAAUUCAUUUAUUUAGGAGUGAAACAUUUUUAAUGGGAAAAAAAUAACUGAGUGCAUCUUUAAGUAAUUCUAAAGAAUCGGUAGGUAUGUUCAAACGUUUAACUGGUACUGCAUGUUAAUUGUUAAACCAUAGUUGUUCCUGCGGUUCUGUUUUUCCUUGAAAAGUCAACCGAUAAAGACUUUGUAGUUGAUUUGCUGUAUAGUUAUACUAAUCUGGGUGGUAGUGAAAUAUUUUGUAGCUUUUUUUGCUUAACAGCUAACAAUUCAAGCACAAGAGAUUUUUAAAUGUGCAUAUAUUUGUCUUGUUUAUUGUUUGUUAUAGAUAGAUAUUUGUAUGAGUUAUGAGCUGUAUUUUAUGUAUAAAUUACAUAUUAUAACCUGUACAUGCAAUUUGGACAGUUUCCAAUGUGGUGUUCCAAGUGGUCAAAGACAUACAAUCUUGUUCAAUCAAAUACAGACAAUCUUGACAACUGAUGUUACAGUAUAGUUUUGGAAGGAAUUUUUAAUUUGAAUAGUCUUUUUAAUAAAUGGACUUUAAAAUAAAUAUGCUACAAACAGAUCGUAUAAAUAUGUAUGAAGUAUCAGUACCAUUUUCCAGGAUUGUCAGAUGUGUAUUAUAAUAAUAAUAUUAUUAAUAAUAAAAACCUGCUUCUUUAAAUCCCAUAGAAGACUUUCUAAAGA